UAUAGGCUUGCGCGCACGCCUGGUUUGGUCGCGUCGAGUGUGCGUGCGUGCGUGCGUGUUUGCGUGUGGUCACAGUUCCCGCCAUCAGCCGCUCUCCCUGACUGGGGGAGUGAGCGACCCCGCUCCACAGUGGCCGGUACCCCUACUUUACUCCCGGUUCCUCCUCCUCCGCUCGGACUCUGUGUUUCCGGUAGGCCCGUUCUGGGGCUCCUGACUCGCAGGCACAGCUGAGUUGAUGGCUUCCGGAGAACUGGCAUAGCUGCAGAAUAUGAGUAGUUCCCCAAGAAGAGUGCUUUGCCUUUGGCACAAGGAUCAGAAUAAAGGUGAAUUGUUAUUACAUAGGGUUUUUCAGUAAAAGUCACUGAAAAUAAUUUUCUGUACAGUAAAUAGAGCCUCAAACUAGGGGCCCUCAGACUGUAUCCUGCCUGCAGAACCUGUCUGGUGAAAGUAUUUUUUCAUUUUAAUUGGGCUGGAAGCAAUUUAUUUUUAAAGAAAGUAUGUCUCCUCUGAAGAUACAUGGUCCUAUCAGAAUUCGCAGUAUGCAGACUGGGAUUACAAAGUGGAAAGAAGGAUCCUUUGAAAUUGUGGAAAAAGAGAAUAAAGUCAGCCUAGUGGUUCACUACAAUACUGGAGGAAUUCCAAGGAUAUUUCAGCUAACUCAUAACAUUAAAAAUGUGGUGCUUCGACCCAGCGGAGCAAAACAAAGCCGCCUAAUGUUAACUCUACAAGAUAACAGCUUCUUGUCUAUUGACAAAGUACCAAGUAAGGAUGCAGAGGAAAUGCGGUUAUUUCUAGAUGCAGUCCAUCAAAACAGACUUCAUGCAGCCAUGAAACCUCAGGGAUCUGGUAGUUUUGGAGCUAUUCUGGGCAGCAGGACCUCACAGAAGGAAACCAACAGGCAGCUUUCUUACUCAGACAAUCAGGCCUCUUCAAAAAGGGGAAGCUUGGAAACUAAAGAUGAUGUUCCAUUUCGAAAAGUUCUUGGCACUCCAAGUAGAGGAUCUAUUAAAACUACACCAGGAAGUGGGAUACCUGUCACCCGGACGAUUCCUUCUCUGACAUCUACGUCAACACCUCUUAGAUCAGGGUUAUUAGAAAAUAGGACUGAAAAGAGGAAAAGAAUGCUAUCAUCUGGCUCAGAGUUGAGCGAAGAUUACCCUAAGGAAAAUGAUUCAUCAUCGAACAACAAGGCUAUGACAGAUCCCUCAAGAAAGUAUCUAACCAGCAGUAGAGAGAAACAGCUGAGUUUGAAGCAGUCAGAAGAGAAUAGGACAUCAGGACUUUUACCUUUGCAGUCAUCAUCCUUUUAUGGUAGCAGAACUGGAUCCAAAGACUACUCUUCUGGCAGCACUAACGUAGACAGGACUAAUGUUCCAAGCCAAACCCCUUCUGCCAAAAGAAGUUUAGGAUUUCUUCCUCAGCCAGCCCCUCUUUCUGUUAAAAAACUGAGAUGUAACCAGGAUUAUACUGGCUGGAACAAACCAAGAGUGCCCCUCUCCUCUCAUCCACAGCAACAACUGCAGGGCUUCUCCAAUUUGGGAAAUACAUGCUAUAUGAAUGCUAUUUUACAAUCUCUGUUUUCACUUCAAUCAUUUGCAAAUGAUUUGCUUAAGCAAGGUAUCCCAUGGAAGAAAAUUCCACUCAAUGCGCUUCUCAGACGCUUUGCACACUUGCUUGUUAAGAAAGAUAUCUGUAAUUCAGAGACCAAAAAAGAUUUACUCAAGAAGGUCAAAAAUGCCAUUUCAGCUACAGCAGAGAGAUUCUCUGGUUAUAUGCAAAAUGAUGCCCAUGAAUUUUUAAGUCAGUGCUUAGACCAGCUGAAAGAGGAUAUGGAAAAAUUAAAUAAAACUUGGAAGACUGAACCUGUUCCUGGAGAAGAAAAUUCACCAGAUAUUUCAGCCACCAGAGUAUAUACUUGUCCUGUUAUUACUAACUUGGAAUUUGAGGUUCAACACUCCAUCAUUUGUAAAGCAUGUGGAGAGAUUAUUCCCAAAAGAGAACAGUUUAACGACCUCUCCAUUGACCUUCCUCGAAGGAAAAAGCCACUUCCUCCUCGGUCAAUUCAAGAUUCUCUUGAUCUUUUCUUUAGGGCAGAAGAACUUGAGUAUUCCUGUGAAAAGUGUGGGGGAAAGUGUGCUCUUGUCAGGCACAAAUUUAACAGGCUGCCCAGGGUCCUCAUUCUUCAUUUGAAACGAUAUAGCUUUAAUGUGGCUCUCUCACUUAACAACAAGAUUGGACAGCAAGUCAUCAUUCCAAGAUACCUGACCCUGUCAUCUCACUGCACUGAAACUACAAAACCACCCCUUAACCUUGGUUGGAGUGCACAUAUGACAGUUUCUAGACCAUUGAAAGCCUCUCAAAUGGUGAAUUCCUGCAUCACCAGCCCUUCUACACCUUCAAAGAAAUUUACCUUCAAAUCCAAGAGCUCCUCCCUGGCUUUAUGCCUUGAUUCAGACAGUGAAGAUGAACUAAAACGCUCUGUGGCCCUCAGCCAGAGACUUUGUGAAGUGUCAGGCGGCGAGCAGCAGCAGGAAGACCUGGAAAAAGAUUCAAAAUUAUGCAGACUAGAGCCUGAUAAGUCCGAAUUGGAAAACUCAGGAUUUGAUGGAAUGAGUGAAGAAGAGCUUGUGGCAGCUGUCUUAGAGAUAAGUAAGAGGGAAACGUCACCAUCUCUGAGUCAUGAAGAUGAUGAUAAACCAACCAGCAGCCCAGAUACUGGAUUUGCAGAGGAUGAUAUUCAAGAAAUGCCUGAAAACCCAGAACCUGUGGAAACCGAGAAGCCCAAAGCAGUCACAGAACCAGAUCCUGCCAGUUUUACUGAGAUAACUAAAGACUGUGACGAGAAUAAAGAAAACAAAACUCCUGAAGGGUCUCAGGGAGAGGUUGAUUGGCUCCAGCAGUACGAUAUGGAGCGUGAAAGGGAAGAGCAAGAGCUUCAGCAGGCGUUGGCUCAGAGCCUUCAGGAGCAAGAGGCUUGGGAACAGAAAGAAGAUGAUGACAUCAAAAGAGCUACAGAGUUAAGUCUUCAAGAGUUCAACAGCUCCUUUCUGGAUUCCCUGGGUUCUGAUGAGGACUCUGGAAAUGAGGAUGUUUUAGACAUGGAGUACACAGAAGCUGAAGCUGAGGAACUGAAGAGAAAUGCUGAGACAGGAAAUCUUCCUCAUUCCUAUCGGCUCAUCAGUGUUGUCAGUCACAUUGGUAGCACUUCUUCUUCAGGUCAUUACAUUAGUGAUGUGUACGACAUUAAGAAGCAGGCAUGGUUUACUUAUAAUGACCUAGAGGUAUCUAAAAUCCAAGAAGCUUCCGUGCAGAGUGAUCGAGAUCGGAGUGGUUACAUCUUCUUUUAUAUGCACAAGGAGAUCUUUGAUGAGCUGAUGGAAACAGAAAAGAACCCUCAGGCACUUAACAUGGAAGCAGGGAAGACUACUCGUCAGGCCUCAUGAGGAGCAAACUCCUGGGUUGGCAGUUUGCACUGCAUAUUCUCUUACUGCCUCCCAUCUCACCUUGCCUCUGCCCAAAAAGAAUUUGGAACUCUACUUGAUGCGGGAGCAGCACACAGCUCAGGGCCAAAACAAAAGACGAAAAUUGCAAUUAUGCUGAAUGCUCCAUGUUGACUGUUUUAUGGAAACCUUGGUCUCACAUCUGUAGCUGAUUAUCCUUUUUUUCUCCUACAGGAGCGGCAUUUCCUGUUGUCUUGGGAAUACAUGUUGUAAAUAUAUAUAUGUACAUACACUCACAAACACACAUACAUAUGUAUAUACGGAAUGAGUGGAGCCUUAAAGAGUUAGAAUGAGUCAGUCACCAGAGUAUGCCUGCUCAAAAUUAAUAGCACAGCAGUUUGGAGAAGAAAUGGAGGUGUCAAAGAGUCUGUUCACCUGAGAAAUGUGUGAAGAUACACACAUACCAGUUGGCUUUUAGCUUUCAUGUUCUUUGAGUAGUUUCACUCAAAUCACUAAUUGUUCAUGUGUUUCUUGUUAGUACAGUUCACUGGAAAGCCAGCCUUCCAUGUUACACUAAUGACCAUUUGUCCUCCUUACAAGGGAAGGGAGUUUCUCUCACCUGACUUAAGGAGCUAAAUUUUUUUUUUUUUUUUAAUUAUUUUGUGGAUUUGUAAUGCCUUUGCUGUUUACAUGCAGUCCCCCAAAAUGGAUUGUUGGUGCUUUGGAAUGUGUUAUGGUCCUACGUUUGGUGUUCAUUAUAUACUCUGCAUUUUUGUAAAGAGAUUCCCUCUGCAGUAUGUUCAUCAUAUGUCAUCUAUAUUAUUAUCGUGGUAAAGAUAGAGUCUUAAUUUUCUUCUGUAUCAUUCUUCCAUGGAAUAGGCACUACCGUAACAGGUUGUAACCAAAACAUGAAGAGGUAGGAGGAUAAUACUGUCCUGGUUGGUACUCCCCAGCAGGUGUUCUUUGAAGGGACAGCCGGGGUGCUUAGAGAUAAGGAAGAAUGCUAAUAUCUCUGGCCCUCAAACAGAGGGGGUCAAGAGAAGUGUUCUUGUGUUAAAGCUGAAACUCUGGACCAGUAAAGGUAAACAAGCCCUACCGCAAGUAUAGAAUUAAGUAUGUGAGCUGUAAGAUAAAGCUUGAGCAUUUAACCAUUUGCUGUCUGGCUUUGCCCUUGAAACAGGGCGGAAAUUAAAAUGUGAUUUGGUUUAGGUAAUCCUAGAACUAACAAAUAACAAAGGUGCAUAAUGUAUUUAUCUUACUUUUUAGGUGCUUUGUGUUGAGGCUAAAUGAGGGUACAAUGUAAAGUACUGCCUGAAUCACUCAGCUAGCAUAACCACCUUGGUUGAGCAGCUUGUGAAACUAUGUAAAGAAUGAGUUUGAGGGUGGAAUUCUGUCCACAAAAUAAUUUUGUGAGCCCGAGAAUCAGUUGGAUCUCACAGAGUUAUGUAAAGCAAAAUAAAACCUCAGUAUUUUCUUUCUUUUUUUUAAAUAAAUGAAGUGGAUUACCCUUCAGUUCUGAGGUAGGAACAAAACCACAUCAGUUUUUCAGGGGGAGAAGGCGUUUUAAAAUCCAUCAGCACAGAGGAUACCACAUCCUUCCUGACGGGUUUCCUGAAGAGAGCUUCAGCCCCACUCUAGAACUUGGAGAAGUUCCAACAUAGUAACCUAUUCUCAAAUUUAGCAUCUUUGAAUUGUACAUGGCCUCAGCAUUUUUGCUUAACUUCUGAUAAAUCCUUAGCCUCCUUCCGUCUACACACAUGCUACUCCAGUGAACGUUGCAAAUUGGUACGGUGGUAGACUAUGCAGGAGUAGUUUAGAGCAGAGGUGAAUAUUUGUUUUAAAAGCUAGCUUUUAAAUUUUGUUUCAUUCCCACCACGGAGCCUCUUUGUGUGUGUGUGUGUAUGUGUGUUUUGCUUAAAAAUAACUGGUUCCCUCAUAAAUGAGUGAAAUGGUGAUCAGAUUCUUUAGCUAUUGUUUCUCUUCUGUGUCCACAUUCAAGAGCAUUGAAAGGCACCGUUAAAAAUGAUUGGGAAUGAUUAGAAGUGAGGGCUGCAUUAGGGCAUAAAGAAAAAAGAAAUAAUGCCAAAAGCCUGGGUUGCCCCUUAAAGCAGCCCAUGGAAUUGCUUUGGUAGCUUGCAUGCGUGCACGACCUAGAAGCACACUUGGCUCAGAAACCUGAUUUGACGUGGGCUUCAUCUCUUGGGCAGGACUUGUUAGUUGAAAAUAGGUUAUUGGGGUAUAUGAGUUAUCCCACUGCUCAUAUACUCAGAUUUUACUUGAUAUCUGUCCAUUUUUGUGGCCUCGUAAGUCUUCCUCCUUUCCCUUCAUUCCUUUCACUACAGUGUUAUUUUGUCAUUUUAGUUCAGUGAAGGGUUAGUGACUGAAAAUGGAGAUUUCAACUGGACUAUGUUGGUGAGGUUUGUUACUGCUUUGAGGUGGCUGUAUAUAUUUAAAGACUAUAAAUAGAUAAUAUAUUCUUUUUUGCAGUGUGAUCAGUUUGCCCAGAAUCAGGGGAUGGGGCAGUUGGCAUGUUGGGGCCAGGAAGGAAGAAGUUAUAUACGGACAGAGUGCUUCAGACCCAGGCAGUCUGCAUAAUAACUCAUUAAUCUUCCCAUCGAAAAUACCCAGUGUGUGGUUACAUUCCUUUAAGUGAUAGCGAAUUGGAACUUGACAGCACUUCGUUCUGCACACAACCUUGUGCUCUAAUUGGGAUUUUUUAGAAGAGAAACAUAAACCAAACAAAAUUUGAGAUUAUUUUCACCUAAUAUUAUGGAGUGUUGGAAAAUUUGAGUGAGUGUGGCCAGAUGUUAUCACUUUAGUAGCCGUAACUUUAAUUCUGGCCUUAAGAUAGACUCCCCUUUAUAGAGAACAUUCUUAUAUGUGUGUCCACAGUCAUCAAUUUGGUCUCAGCAGGAUAGAAUUAGAAGCAAAUCUAUGAAUUGUUCUGCUGUUUAUAUUUUGAUUCUAAAAUUAUCUGUUUACUUGCCAGGGUCUGUUAAUUUCAGGCCUAACUUAAAUGGUUUAACGAUAAAUUGAACAAAUGUAAAAGUGUUUACAUUUUAAGAAGUAUGCAGUGUAUUACAGAUUCAGCUAAUUGACUCCACAAGGCAAAUACUAGUCUACAGCUUUCUUUAUUUCUCUCCUUGAUCAAGUAUAAAAUUGUUCUAAAAGAUAAGCUUUAAGAAUUAAAACCUAGCAAGGUAAUUCACAGAGGUAGUUACUCUUCCCUACUGCAGUUAGCAUUAUAUAGCAGUAUAAACACAGCUCUGCACAUGCACAGCCACGGAUGGAGUUGUUGAAAGAAGCUUACCUGGAGAAACCUAAACUAAAGAUUCUUGGCAGUAUCUCAGAUACAUAGUUGAGUGUUCUGGGUAUCGGGAAGGCGUUUGGGGAACAUACAGUAAAAGAGGUAGCAUAAACUCAUUUAAGAUUUACUGAAAGGUUAUAUUAAAAAAUGCCCUUUCCCUCUUUCUCCUGUCCUCUGAAGUGACUUCAGUGGAUGCUUUUGAUUAUCCAGCCUUUGUUUUUCCCUGUUUGGUUUAAUUGACCCGUUAUGUGGUCUUUUGUUUUAAAUCAGGGAAGCAGAACAGAUGGCAAGUACACAUGGAUCUUGUAUUUAUUGGGAGAUUUUUAGAAAAAUCACCAAAAAGCACUAAGUCACCAUAAUGUCCCAAUUAAACGGAUCUGUCCUUGUCCUCUCCGUCUUCCUUUACACUGAGUAAUGUCCUCUUACAAGUGUGUACCAAAAUUAAACAGACUCUUCCCUCUGACACCUUGCCUAAUGCAUUACUUCAAAAUUCUCAUUUUGUCUCAGUUGAUACGUCUUAUUAACACCUGGAAAUAUAUAUACUUUAUGGGGAAACUGGCUUGUUAGGCCUUGAGAGUUUUGUGACAAUUUUUUUGCCGUGUCUCACCACGAUCAUUGACUCCUUUAUGGCAUGCUUUGCUUACUAGACUUCAGGCAAUCUCUUUUGUUGUAUCCUAUUUAUACACAGUUGGUAAAUUAUUUCUUUUCCGUGUGUGCCAUGUAUCGGAGGUUUUGAAGUAUUUAAUAAAAAGUAUGCCAGUGUAAACAUAAAACCAGCCGAUCUUAGUGACACUGGACUUUGCUUAGAAUACAGAGAUUCAGAGUAUAGGUGCCUCCACUGGCAUAAGAGUGGAUGAGAGCCUGAAUCAGGACCCAGAUUUGUCAGGGUUGAGUGCCAGAACCCAGAAGAGCAAUCACCAUCUGUUUCAAGAACAGAGUGGGCCUGUCCAAGAGUGAGACCAUGUGGGGUUGUGCACACUUCUCUUCUUCCCCGGCUUUCCCUCCCUCUGACCUUGUCCUUCCUGCCCCAGCUUAUCUGGCCUAUGUCAGUGUUGUUUAUUUAUGCUUACAGAGAGGAAAACAGAAGUGGGGUUCCUACAUUUUGCCUAAUUGAGCUGCUACCAGCUUGGCUAGCAGCCUUGGCCACAUUAUAUGUGAAGUGGUUUUUCUUUGUAUUCUGAGUGACUUUUGAUUCUGAUUCUUCAUUGUUGUUUUGUAUGGAGCAGCACUUUAUCUGUGUUUUAGCAGAACUAUUCCUCUGUACCCUUUACGGUUUUUCCUCAUUGGUGUUUCCUUUUUAAAUUAUGCAUAGAGUUUUUGUGUGUGAAAUUAAAGCCUUUAUUAACCUUCUGUUGGUGACUCUUAUUUAUGAAAAGGACACACUCUUACAGACACUUUUAAAAGUCAGUUGAAGCUGUGGAAAGCUGUUGGGCUUCUGACCCUGCUUCUGUGCAGCGCUGUUAGAUCUUAAAGGAAAGGACAUGGAAUGGCAAACCAGUGUAGGGCUGGAGUCACUGAGUUUCACUUGUUUUCAUCAGAGGAGCCUGUGGCUUUGCAGAGACUUCUGGGUAGCAACCUGUAAACUCAGCGUUGGCCUUAGGUAAGCUCUUCCUUUGCCUUGUUAUUAAGAGUACCAGAGAGGGGGUGCAAUAGCAUUUGCAUUUUGUAUUUACCUUAAGCCUCAAACCUAGACUCAAUGAAUAUGCCACACUCCCUGGAUACUGGCUAGUGAGAAUUGUGAAGUCUAAUAUGGUAUCUAGGGCACUCAGCUGUGCUUCAAAGAAGAGGUCCCUGUAGCUAUCAUGACCUGGGUAAGGCAGUGAGGAAAGUAUAUGUGAAAAGGGAAUGCCAUUACUCUGGGAAAGAUGUAAAACUAAAAUGCCUCAGGUGACCUGCGAUGGAUAAAAAUGAGUUAUGAUAGAGAAAAACCUGGGGAUGGCUCCUCGGAACUCUACUGUGCUGUGGAGUGUUUGGCUGCCCUUCUAAGAAGCAAAAGCUCUAGAACAGGAUGGUUAAAAGUGAUGCACCCUAGGAUAGAAACAAUCCAGCCACCUUCUGGAGAGCUGGGAUUGAGAUCAUAGAGACUUCCUGGAGGCAUUCUCUUUAGGUAGGUUACAAACAGGUGACAUUGCCACAGGCCCUGUUGCUCACAAGCACAACUAUAAAUUUUCCCUUCAAUUGGCAUAGGAUGAUAAGUAAUAACAACAAAACUCUGCCCCCGCCCCGCAAGCUGGGUAGGGUGGGGCUUUACAGCUGAGGCUAUGCUUCCUUUUCAAAAUAGUCCUUUUUCUUUCUUGAGGCUUUGUUGCUUCCAUCGAGGCAGGGCAGAGAAGGCAGCUGGAGUCAUCCCCAAGGCACUUGUGAAAUCCUCAACAGACAGGUGCUCCUAGAAGCGGAGAGGGACCAGAGGACAAAGUUCACAUUAUUGCCCAGGGUUUGUUCUGAUGAGUUAUAUAAACCCUUUGCCAUUGAGUUGAUUGACUAAUGGUGGCCCUAUGUGUGUCAGAGUAGAACUAUUCCAUAGAGUUUUCAAUGGCUGAUUUUUUAGAAGACCAUCAGGUCUUUCUUCCUAGGCACCUCUAAAACCAAAACCAAACCCAUUGCUGUCAAGUCAAUUCUGACUCAUAGUGACCCUAUAGAACAGUAGAACUGCCCCAUAGAGUUUCCAAGGACUGCCUGGUGGAUUCAAACUGCCCACCUUUUGGCUAGCAGAAGUAGCUCUUAACCACUAUACCACCAGGCACCUCUAGGUGGACUCUAAUCUCCAAGCUUUAAUCUCCCACCCAGGGACUCCUGGAUGAGUCAUGUAGGUAUGGCAUGUAUAUCAAAUGAAGAGCAAAAGCAGGCAAUGUCAUGAGAGCCAGGAAAAGGCUAGGGAGGACAAGGGCAGCAUGUGGGGGUUCCAAAAGUUUGACCCCUAAAUGAUUACAUUUGGAACCUAAUGAAAAGGGCAGUAAUGUGAUAGCUUGAGUUCCUUUUCCUUUGACCAAGGUCAGGUUCUUAUUAGCCCUGAAAUAAGAAUUAAGACGUUUGACUAAGCUUGGUUAAGAAGUUGCUUCCCUUUCAAGGUCUUAGUUUUCCUUUCUAUAAAAUGGAAGAAAUAUCAUAAAGGCCAAUUUUUGCUCCUUUCUAAGUUUUCAUAAGGAUGAAACGAAUAUAUGAAAGAAAAAAAAAAUCCAAACCCAUUGCCAUUGAGUCAAUUCCAACACAUAGCGACCCUGUGUGUGUCAAGGUGUGCCUGGUAGAUUCAAACUGGUGACCUUUUGAACAAAAACAUAUCACAUGUGAAAGGGCAUUGAAAACAAGGUAUUUGUUAUCUAUCUUAGCAAACAAUGAACCUUCAGUGAGGGGAUCCUUUACAGGAGCUGGCAGGGAGAGUAAGCAGAGGGGCCCUUAAGAGGGCGUUGGCUUGAGUCUGGAUACGUAAGACUUAGUUGCUGUUAUCACAGGGGAAUGGCUGUUCUAGCAAAAGCCCAUUACCCUAGGGAGGGGCUCUCCCUCCUGGAUCCUACCUUGCUUUGCACCAAGUUAGCCAACCGGCCGCAAGGGAAGUAGGGCCUGCCCCUUCCCUAGUGGGCAGAGCUAGCAGCAUUCUAAUCUAUAUAUGCUGCUGUAGCAUCUACAGAGACACUUGACACUUUUCCCAUUUUCAGAUGAUAAAGCUGAAAUUCAGAGUUCUCUGAUUCCUAGUCCCAUACAUGUCCCACUGCAGCACACUGACUCUCCCUUCCUGGCGUGAUUUCAGGGAUACUGUAAAGGCUUCUUGUCAUCUUCCCUCUCCGACCUGCCCAGCAUACUAUUGUGCUUGUAGUUGAUGGACAUUUUACCACUAUAGAUAGCUUCAUCCUUUUUAGCUUACAGGUUGGUUUUGGAUAAAAGGCAACAUGUUGAACCCCUUCUGUCAUUUAUAUUCCCCUGAGGAUGUAUCAGCUGGGUUAUUUCCUGGGAGGAGUUUUGCUUAGAGAUGGUGGGAGGGUGGUGGCAGAAGGUACAACUGAGGUGGGGAUUCUAAGAGGAGAAACUAGGAAGUCCACAGAACAAAUUCAGAGACAGGUUUUGCCUAGCUAUUUUGAGUAGAAAACAAAGUAUUUAGAUAAAUGACUUGUCCUGGCUUCUCCUGUCCUAAGAGUGAUCUAGAAGCAUUGGAUAUCAGAAUUCUACCUUUUUUACUCUUGACUUGGAAGUCAUGACUCGCAGUCACUACCUUUCUGGGCCAUAAAUGAGGGGAUUGACUGAAACAACUUUCAUCCCAACUCUAACAUGAUACGAUAGCGAUGCUGUUUAAGGCAAGCCAGAUACCCUCAAGGCACACUCAAGUAAGAACCUCAAAUUCAAGUUGCUAUAAAACAGGUUCCCCCAACCUGUGUUUCUGCUCCCUGAGACACCAGGAGGGGACAGGUUGGGGUGACAGCAGUGGACUUCCUUUAAAUAUUAGGCUUUGCUAAGGGGGGUUGCCGAGGGGAGUGUUUUAUUAACUCCAGAAGACAGCCCUGAAUUGAACAGCUUCUUGGUAAACACCUGUUGAUGGAUUUCAAACUCGGGUGAUUCUGAAGACCUAGUUCUCUAACCUGUCAUUAGACUUGCUUCCUGCCCCUGGGGCAUUCUCUCCUCAAGGC